UCACUGGUGAAUGAAGAGAGGGAGCGUGUGCGCCUACACCGACACCUGUCAAAUUGCAGUUCUUCAAUUCCCUCUUGAAAGGACCAAACCGACAGACUAACACUGAAGCGAUUACGGUAGCCUUCAACGGGACGGACUCUCUGGUAAACGACCUUUUGCAGUGGAAUAGCGGAAUAACUCUACCAUGAGCUCAGUGGCUGUGUUGACUCCGGAGAGCUUCGCUGAGCACCGCAGCGGGCUCAAGGACCAGGAGAUGACCGGUGGUGUACCAGAGGAUGAAGCCUACAUCCCAACCUACCUGGAGGCCUUCCCUCCCCUGCCAGAGAAAGGGGCCCCUGGGGACAAGGCUGGGGAGCCGGCAGGAGCCUGGAACAGCAAGAUCAGGCCCAUCAAAGCCUCAGUCAUCACCCAGGUGUUCCACGUGCCCCUGGAGGAGCGGCGCUACAAGGAUAACAGCCAGUUUGGGGAGGGCGAGGAGGCCAAGGUGUGUCUGGACAUCAUGCAGAGGACCGGGGCUCACAUCGAGCUGUCUCUGUCCAAGGACCAGGGGCUCUCCAUCAUGGUGACCGGAAAACUGGACUCGGUCAUGAAGGCCCGCAAGGAAAUUGUGGCACGGCUACAGACACAGGCUUCUGCGUCGGUGGCCAUCCCCAAGGAGCAUCACCGCUUCGUCAUCGGCAAGAACGGCGAGAAGCUGCAGGAGCUGGAGCUGAGGACCGCCACCAAGAUCGCCAUCCCGCGGCCGGACGACGUCAGCACCAACAUCCGCAUCACGGGCACCAAGGAGGGCAUUGAGAAGGCCCGCCACGAGAUCCUGCUCAUCUCAGCUGAGCAGGACAAACGAGCGGUGGAGCGUCUCUCCCUGGAGAAGGCCUUCCACCCUUUCAUCGCUGGCGCCCACAACCGCCUGGUGCAGGAGCUGAGCCAGGAGACCGGUGCCCGGAUCAGCAUCCCUCCACCCAGCCUGCACAAGGACGAG